CCUUGGACGGACAAGAGAAGAAGAGAACCACCAAGUAGGAGUGGGACGGGAGUCCAUGAGCGUGAUGGGAGAGGAGAAGCAUAACUCUAGCUGGGUGGUGGAUAUGGAGAAGAUGCUGGCAGAUGACGAUCCUCAGUGGAGGAGGAUGCAGGCAGAGCGAUGGGAGGCGCAAUCCAUCUACCGGGUGCCAGAGUGGCUCAAGCGCAUGAACGCAAAGGCCUACCAGCCGCGGCUGGUGUCUUUGGGUCCCUUCCACCACGGUGACUCCAACCUGCUGCCCAUGGAGGAGCACAAGCGCCGCGCGUUGGUGCACCUCAUCAAGCGAAGCAAAAAGCCGCUCCAGGAUUUCAUCUCUGCCAUCGACGACGUGGCGGAGGAGCUCCAGGCAGCAUACGGGGUGGACCUCCAUGGCAAAUGGCGGACCAACCGAGAAACCUUCAUCGACAUGAUGCUCAUGGACGGCUGCUUCCUGCUGGAGAUGAUGAGCGGCCCUUUCCAGGAUUACAAGCCGCAUGAUCCUGUCUUCAGCAUGCACGGCAGAAAACAAAUACAUGCCAUUAUCCUGUCCGACAUGCUACUAACUGAGAAUCAGCUGCCUCUGCUUGUUCUCAAGAAGAUCCUGGGUGUUCUGCGUCCUAACUAUCCGGUGCAGGUAAACCGUGGUCCAAGGCAACAUUUUCGAAACCUCAUAGUGCUGGAAUGCCUACGCCAGGGGCUGCAUGAAGGUCAUGACAUUGUGGAGGUUUUUCAGUGGCUACAGGAGGUUGCAAUGGAUAUUUUUUCAAUAGAGGUUGAAAUGGAUGUGGAUAUAAACCUCAUGGUGCAGCAGUGCAAAGAUUUCCUUACCGAGGCAAAUACCGACAAUAACAGGAAAUACCCACCCCCCAUGGUAAACAACCCUACCAUACUAAAUCUCAACUCUUAAGGUACUGUAGUGUACUUCAUUACAAAACGUUGAGCGUGGAGCAAUGAUUGACAUCUUGGCAAGUAGACAUUUGAUCAUUCAUACCUCACAGUACGCUUUUUUUUGACACACCAACUUUUAUCCUAUAAUUUUCAUAUGACUAUCAUGGUGGCCCUUUGCAAAUUCGAGGGCGACUAUUUUAGUGUGUUGGAAAUGACUGAGAAAUAAUUAUGCUUUCAUAGAUCCUACUACAAAGAACUAUGUGACUUCUACAUUCACGAAUAGUGUAAGACAUCUCCAAAUAAGACGUGAGUGCUAUUUCAAAACCAAUUUAGUUUGCUUAAGUGUUUGAGAAAUAAAUUUAUUUUUUCAUAGAUCCUGCUACAUAGAAUUCCACCACUCUCACCUUCACGAACACUAUAAGGCCAUAUCCAAAGGGGGCGUUAAAAACUUGGUGCAUGCUAAGGAUCGAAAUCCUAUUUGUUUAACAUUUUGGGGGAUAUAUUCCCCACCAAAAUCCUAGUACCAAUGCUUAAUUUCAAGUCCGACGCUUAAGUGAACUAUUAACGCCUUGUAGGUUGUGAUGCAAUACCAUGCCACACUUAACAAUAGCUUAAUUUCUCCCAAGAUAAGUU